AUGGCGGCGGGCGAGCAGCGGGGGCAGCUGCAGCGGGAGGCGGCCGAGUACUACCACAGGCUCCGAGUGCCGGAGCGGCUGGAGACAGCGCUCAACACCCUGUUCCUGGAGCGCCCCAGGGAUCUCUACGGGGAGCUGGCUAACUACUUGUGUGAGUUUUCAAAAGCUCCCGUAAUAUGCAGAAUAGUUGGAAGAAGAGUUUUUGAUGGAGUUUUUCAACCAACAUUAGAAGUGGAAAUAUACUGUAUAGUUAGAAACUAUGAGAAGAGGAUUUGUUCCAUUGUAAUAGCUUCUCAUUCUCAAAUACCUGAAAAUGCUUUACCUGAAACAAUUGAAGCUGAUGAGAAAGAAAGAAAUKACUCUGUUUGUGCUGCUGUGGAAUGGGUCAAUGGACCACUGAAAAAAAUGUUAAGAGGCUUGAAGCCUAUUGACCAGKGUCAAGCUGAUAAGAUACUUGGUGAAUACUUUGCAGACAGGCUAGAAGAAGAACAGCAAAUUCAAAAGCAAAAAGAAGAAGAAGAAGCAGCAGCAAAAGCCGCUCUUGCCCCUUCUCCACCCCCAACACCUAGGCCAAGAAGAAGACCAGGUUUAAAGAUGACGUCAGUGGAACUCCUCCCACCUGCAGAACCUGCUGAACCAGUGCUGUGUGGCAGCUUGGCCAUUGGGGGAACAUCACUUGCCAUAGCAAAGGCUGGGGCCACCAUUAGACGUGUCCCAUUGUACUUACAUAUUGCACAGCUGAAACACCAUCAGAAGUCACCUCAAGAAAUAAUGCUACCAAUCCCAAUGGUUACUGUGUUGAACUGUGAAAAAAAAUUACCUACAAAACUGAAAUUAGUGAAAGAAGUUAUAUUUAUACCACCAGUUGAGUUAUCACUCAAACAGGGCAUAGAAAGAAUUCUGGAUAUUCAGAAAGAAAUGAUAAAACUGCUGGAGUCUGCAGGCAAGCAGCCUGGUUCACAAGCUGACAGUAAGAGAGGAAGAACACAAAAUUCAGGGAAGAAAGCUGCGCCAAACAUAACAAGAAUAUCACGCUUAGGCAGCCUGUCAAUAGGAUAUGAUAAYCUAGAACAACUGCUGCUCCUAAUGGAAACAACUUUCGACAAUAUAGGUCUGGAGCUAGGAAAAGAUAUGUACUUAGCAAUAAAUUGUGCUGCUCAUGAAUUAGUGGAUUAUGAAAAAGGAAAAUAUGAAAUAGUCACUGGAACGUUUAAAAGUCCUGAUGAAAUGGUCCCCAUGUAUGUGGAAAUGAUUGAAAAUUAYCCUUUUAUUAUUGCAUUAAUAGAUCCCUUAAGAAAAGAGGACAGAGAACAGUGGAAAAAUAUCUAUUGUGCCCUUGGUUCCAAGUGCUACCUGUUUGCUGAAGAUGCUGCCACACACAUUUCCAAACUCACAACUGAUGAAAACAUUAACAUAGCAACGUGCAGUGGUGUGGUCCUAAAAUACAUUAACCAAACCAAGGUAUCAGACCUCAUAGAACUUACAGGAAUUCUUGAGGGUCAAAGCUAUAUUACCAUAUUAGGAAGUCCAGAUGGAGAAUCUUUAGAUGAGAGCCUCGUGGAUCUGGCUGUCGGCCUGGGUGCCAGGUUUGUCAAGUUGGGAGGUCUGUCCCGAGGAGAAAGGGUGGCCAAAUACAACCGGCUGCUGGCUAUAGAGGAGGAACUGGCCGCCAAUGGAACGCUGCGUAAAGCAAAACUUGAAGUUAUUGAUUGUGCUAAAGAAUCACAGCCAGAAGAACAACUUCCUGAUGUGCUUCCUGCCCCAGAGCAGGAAUAA